UGUUGACGAGUUUCAACAUGGCGAAGGGCAUCAAGUCCACUUCUAACAACUAAACAAUAGUAGAAUACUAUGGCUGGAGUUGACGAGGCAGUUCUCAUCGGACUGUGUGAUGGGGCAAUCGAUUCAAAGCGAUAUCCGAUGUCUUACUUGACGAACAAAAUUGGCGACCAACCGGACAAGCUUCCAGUGAUAUCAUGGCAACAUCCACGCUGUGGUCUAUGCAGCGCGGUCAUGGCCCAUGUGGUGCAGGUGUACUGCCCCCUAGCGGCGUCUCCCUACCACCGCACCCUGAAUGUGUUCGCCUGCCCCGGGCCACAGUGCAGCGGACAACCAGAGAGCUGGAGGGUUCUGCGUUCUCAGUGUCUGGAAUCAGAGGUCAGAACCAACCCUGUUGUCCAACCUCCAGGCCACGCCCCAGUUAAAGAGGUUCCCAUGACAACCACAUACUGGUGUGAUGGGACUGAUGACUGGGGUGAGGAAGAGGACAAGCAGGAGGGGGGAGAUGGAUGGGACAAGACCCAGAACCAAGCUCAUAUGGGGGGAGAGGACUCUGAGAUCAUCUUACUCACCGGGACCUCCUCUGAGCUGGAUGUGAGUGGCAAGUUUCAGGGUCUCAGUUUGGAAGGAGGAGAAAAGGUGUUGGAGGAGGAAGGGGAGGUCCCGGGUAACAUCCCUACCUACAGACCUUUCUACAUCAGUGUGGUGGAUGAGACUGACCUGGGUGGUCAGUCAGACCUGGAGCACGCUGAGACUCUGCUGAGGGAGUACGAGCAGAGAGAGGGAGUCGGGAAGAUCGGGAGCUCUGAGGGGGGAGGAGGGGAGGAGAGGUACGAGAAGGACAACCCCAGACAUGGAGACGCAGUGUUCUCCCGCUUCAUGAAGAGGAUCUCUGUGUGUCCGGAGCAGGUGUUACGGUACAGCUGGCACGGGUCUCCUCUCUUCUUGUCUGACCCCCCCUCGGACCCGCCUUGGAUUAAACCCGGCUGCUGUCACUGUGGAGGAAUCCGGGUGUUUGAGUUCCAGCUGAUGCCUGCUCUGGUCAGCCUGCUACAGAGGACAGACACUGGGUCAAGGUCGGCGGUAGAGAUGGGGGAUGUAGAGAUGAAUACGGGGCUGGAGUUUGGUACUGUGAUGGUGUUUACUUGUAGAAACAGCUGUUGGUCGUCAGGUUCAACCUCGCCUGUGGAAGAGGUCAUCUAUCUACAGGCAGAUCCAGACCAGAAUCUCUUCAAAUAACUGACACACGUUUUACAUACACAGUUUUUUUAUGCGAGUAAAGUAAUCAUUUUUCCCCGUUAAGACAUGGUGGGAUGUUUUUGUGUCAAAUUAAAUAUGCUAGAAAUACCUUUUUUUAAUGCGCAAAUAUUGGUAUAAUAACGAAGUAAAGUUAGGAGUCGUGAUGAUAUGGUGUGUGGAUUCUCCCACCACGACGCGGGGAAAGCAUUUAUUAGGCUACAGAUGAAAUAAGUUAUGGGGAGGGUGAAAGUGCACAGUGAUGAGCUUAAUGCUCCUUUCCGAUAAAUAUCAAGGGUCUGAUUCUGAUGACAUGAUGAUUAAUGUUUAUAGCCCUUCUUCACCUGCUUGCUGUUUGGGGUUUUAGGAUGGGACAAGACCCAGAACCAAGCUCAUAUGGGGGGGAGAGGACCCUGAGAUCCUCUUACUCACCGGGACCUCCUCUGAGCUGGAUGUGAGUGGCAAGCUUCAGGGUCUCAGUUUGGGCAGCACUUUGAGAUAUCAGCCGAUAUAAGAAGGACUAUAUAAAUACACAUUUGAUUUGAUUUGAUGACUGCUGUUUGACAAAUACAAAUAUUAUCACUCUUAUCCAUUAUAAUCUCAUCAUGUAGAGUAGCCUACCUGCACUGAGCUGUUGGCUAGAGAGCAGGUGCCAAGAUCAGAGAAGGCCCAUGUGCUAUUUAACGCAACAGUUUUUGUGAUAAAAACUAUCAGUAGAGUGUAAAAUGCGUUGGAAACACAUUGAACUUUACAUUUUGAUUCGGUAUAUGAAAUUGCUCUGCCAUUUCCUGGUUGCAGAAAAUUAUACUAGUUUGUCUCAUUUCAGUUUGUGACAAGCAAGUAUAGUGUGGAGAAUCAUUGUACCAUCUAAACCACUGUGAAAUAUAUUUCCCAUAACCCAAAAUAUUGUAUUUUCAGCUAUCUGAAGCUGGUGUACAAAACCGAAAGUAAAAGACGCAAAAAUGAAACUUAGGUAUGUGAAGCAUAGAAAUAACACACAUAGAACAUAUCUACCGCUUCUUAGACUGACUUCCAAUGAGAGUGAGAGAUCUACAACUCACAUUUCUAUGUGAAUUUGGUUGGAUCACCCAAAAAGUUACAUAUUGCAGCUUUAAGCGAGAAACAUUUCUUUUUUUGUGUUCAGUACGUCAUCACGUUUGGAUUUUUAUCCGCACCAAGUCCGUUUGGCGGGAAAAUGCACAUAUUUUCUUCAUGCUGAUUUUUGAAUAUUCACAUGAACAAUGUGGCCUAUUGGAUAGAAUAACUUUGUAAUGAAAGAAUAAAGAUGUUUCUUGCUUUGUUUUGGAAAGAAUAAAUAAUUCAGAAAGUUAAA